AUGUCAUCACCAAUUGAUAUUGACACACUCCCGUAUUUCAAUCCCAAAAUUGAUCGAAGAGUGGCUAUAAUAACUGGGGGGAAUAGUGGGAUUGGGUUUUAUACAGUCUUGAAUCUAUAUUUACAUGGAUAUGUUGUAUAUAUUGCUAGUCGAUCAAAGUCACGAUGCUUAAAGCUGAUCAAAGAAUUGGAAUAUCGAGCUAGUCAGAUAAAACUUUUGGACCAGGGGCAUCCACAGCACAGUAUCAGUAAUUUGAGUGCAACUAGUGUGAGUGGAGAAGUCAAUGAAUGCAGUUUAGGUGAAGUGCAUUACCUAGAAAUGGAUUUGAGCAAUCUACAAUCGAUUAUUAAUGCUGUUGAAACAUUCAAGUUAAAAGAACGAUAUCUCCAUCUAUUAAUCAAUAAUGCCGGCGCAAUGGCCCUACCAUAUACCAAAACAAUUGAUGAUUUUGAAAUUCAACUACAAACAAAUUUCAUAUCACCAUUUUUGUUAACAUUGAAAUUAUUACCAAUACUUGAACGAACUAGUGAUGCGUUUCCUCACAUCGAACCUAGACCAAGGGUUAUUUACCUAAGCUCUUUUGGGCAUCAAUUCGCCUUUCGAUACUUCAAUUUGAAAACUGCGUUAGACUACAGGCCCAAUUUCAUCUUGACUUGGAUUAGAUAUGGAAUUGCCAAAACUGCCGGAAUCCAUUUCAUGAAGAUGUUGGCACUACGUAACCCAAAAGUCCUUUGCAUUUCAGUGCAUCCUGGGUUAGUAAUGAAUACAAAUGUAUUUGCAUAUUGGACAAAUCUACCCAUUGUUGGCAUAAUAUUUUGGUGUGUUUUCCAAAUUUUUGCUUGGGUUUUGGGAGUUACUUCUGAACAAGGCGCUUUGGAAGUUAUACGAAGUUCAUUGAAUCCACAAUUUUCAGUUGAGGAGAAUAAUGGGAAAUAUUUUGGAUCUCAGGGUAAGGAAUUACAACCUUCUAAGGUGGCUAAUAAUAUGGAUUAUGCGGCAAGAACUUGGAUAUGGACUGUACAUGAGUUAAGUAAAAGAGGGUUCAUUAUACCGGGGGCAUAA